AGUGGUCAGCUUAGUGUUGUUUACAGCGAAGUACUACAACACAAGGAGCACGUAUUUAUUGUUUGUAGCAGAUCGUGGUGACUCUAAUAUGUAGAAUAACCAACUGGUGUAAAACCUUACAUUUCCGAACAUAUAGUGUUCGAAAUCAUUGUUGGAGAUUGUCGAAAUCGAGCGUAUUUUUAAUUUACACCUAUAAAAGGGGCAAGGAUUUGGCAUGGCCACUAUGACACUUCGAGUAACUGGGAAACGGCGCAAUACACCAGGACAACGAGGCGAAGGGAAGCAGUUCGAGUCGGUGGACGUCAAAGCUGAUUUCAUUUUAGAAGCAGAGUCAAUUGAAGGUGAUGAUGGCAAAAUUUUUACUGAAGAAAUUAAGAAAUUAGAAGAAAGUAGUUGUGUAGAAGACCAAGUUCAAAUACUGAAAAAGGUAUGUGAUAAGUACUUGAAGAAGGAAUGGAAACAAGACAAAAUAACAUUGCUGCUUGUGAAAUUACUCUCUUACAUAUAUCUGCGGGCAGAACCGAAGAAUCCCGUGAAAAAUGCCGCUUUGAGGGCGCUGCAGGGCAUACCCGAUGGCAUCCACCUGAACUUCCUAUCGUCCGGCCUGCGCGAUACCCUGCAGGCGGAGCUCGAAAGCCCGGUGCAGGUGGGUCGACUUGCCGCCUGUCUGCUGGCUGCCCUGGAGAACUUCCCGUCUGCCGUCGAGGGCCGCACACUCGCCACCACUGCCACUUUCCUCGCCACUGCACUACACCUCUGUGUCACCGAAUUAGGGAAGGACCUGUCACCUGCCACUUCGAGUGAGGUGUUUGGCUAUGCACACCUGUGCACGCGGUGUACCAUUGCCCUCCUGCAGGGCUGGCAGGUGCCACUGAAGGACUGGGGAGAACGGGACUGCAAGGAUUCAGCAAACGGCCACCAGGGCGGCCAAGUUUCCGAUAUCCAGACUGAGGAUGAUCACAGUAAUGAUGGCUUCGGACAUGCAGAAAGUGUCCUGCCCACCAUAAAGACAAGCAUUACGAGCUUGCUGGAGCGUGAAGAAACCCCCAUGGACACAAAGUCAAACUGCGGCCUCGUGCUGGUGCUUCUGGGGACGGUGCUGGGCGACGAGAAUAGCUGGACCCAGUACCUGGAGCAGGUGGAGAGUGGUGGCGGCGGUGGUGGCGUGGCCGGGCUGAGCAUCGUGGCUGGCCUCCUCAGCAGCCUCCCGGCGCCCCAGCUGCUGCAGCCGGCACCCACCGCCCCCGGCGGUCCGCGUGUCAUCGUCAGACUUUAUGAGGCUAUCCUGGACACCAUUAACAGAGCCCCUUCGGACUCCGCAGUGGUGCUGGCGGGGGCUCGCACGGUGCAGCUCCUGUGCCGGCAGCUGCGGCAUCACGCCGACGUGGCACCUGACGCGGUCACACAGGCCCUGGCGGGCCUGGUCCCGGGGGAGCCGGCGGGGCCGGACAGACCCCUGCCUCUUCUGGAUUUCCUCUGGACGCACCUGGAGCACUGUGCAGACAGCGUGCGCCACGCCGCGCGCCUCGCCCUCCACAGCCUCGUACAGGCAGCUGCCACUGCACCAGAGGCGCCUACCGUGCUGGAGAGGGUGAGACGGGCAGUGCUGGAGACGCCCGCGGACCGCAAGAGCCGCUACCUCGCACUGGCCGCCGUCUGCGCGGAGUCCGGCUGCCUGCCACUGCUGGCUGCGGCCCCCACCCUGCCGGAAGACCUGCUGGCCGCACUCCAGGACAGGUCGCUCACACCACACGUGAUAUCGGCAUACGAGGCACUGAUGCUGAAGCAUUGGGAGGAGAGCCGCGGCUGUGGAGAGGAGGCAGAACAGGUGUGGGCGCGCACGUGGGUGCGUCCGCUGCUGCCGUCGCUCGAGGUGCCCGACGGAGCGGCAGCCGGCGCGGAGCGGUUGGUGGCGGCGGCAGCGCGAGCCUGCCCGGCGGCCUUCGCCGCCAUCGGUGGAGGUGCGGGCGGUGCAGAGGCCGGUGCAAGUGCGCGGGCAGCGCUGGCGUGGCUACGCGUGGCGCACCGGCAAGGUGCACUGGAUGCGCGGCUGCGUGAGGGUGCCGGCCGUCCAGGUCUCUGGAAGGGCGUACUGUCCUACGGAGCCCUCGAGGAUGCACUGCUGCACGAGAAUGAGGAGACGAGGAUGUCGGCUCUCUCUCUGCUAGUCGAGGGCCACAGGUCAACGGAGCCGUUCUCACCUGCGGAGCUGCAGCUCGUUCGGACCUUCCUACGGCACAACGUGAAUGUGCAGGAGCCGUCUGCGCGCCAGCGGGGUCUCGCCCUCAUCAAAAAGCUGUUGGAGCGACUGAGGGACUCCUGGCAGUCUCAGGAGCGCCAGGUGAAGGCAGCUGAGAAGUCCGGCGAGGGGGCAGUGGAGGCAGAGAAGGCUCUGGCGACUGCCUCACUCUUCCUCCAGUGGCUUGUCGAGUUCAGCUUCUCCAGCAUCUUUCCGGGAGCUAACUUCAGCCGGCGGGGCUCCGCUCUUCAGAUCCUGACACUGUGCACCGAGAUAAUGGGUGAGAGGACCCCGGCAGACAUGUGGCUGCCCUGCAAUGGCGUGACGUUGCUGGAGUGCCUCAAGGACACGUACGAGAACAAUAAGCUGCUGGCGCACCGUCUCAUCACCAAGUACCCGCCGCAGGCACUGCAGCUGGAGGACGAGACGCAGUGCCUCACGCUGCUGCGGGCAGGGCUCACCCUCUGCGAGAGCUCUCGCCCCCCAGACUCGGUGACGGCCGCCUACCUGCUGGCGACCCUCGCCAGGUUCACGACGCGCCCGUCUGCCGUGCGGAGGGCGGUGGACUUGGAGUCUGGGUCGGAGAGCCCGCUACCCCUGGACCGUGACUCUACGUAUGAAGACAUGAUUCUGGCCAUAGUGAAAUUGCUGCAGGACCGCCUGAUAGAUUUGGUUAAUGCCGCCAACAGAAACCUGUUGGAAGCUUCUGCGACUCACCCUAUGUACGGGCCACUGUUCUGCAUACGGCACCUCCUGCAGGGUGUCGACUUCAGGAAAGUGAGCAGUGAUCCAGACUGGCAGGAGUUUAUGCAAUACAUGAUUGAGCUCGCCUUUGAGGCCUGCAAGGCUGUGGAAGAAGUGGUGAACAGUUCAUCACCUGAGGGACACCUACCCAUGGAUUUCACACCAGCCGAAGACCUGCUGCGGCGGCUGCAGCAGCAGAGUGCCGAACAAGAUUCCCCUGUGACUUUCCGGAACGUCAACUGCUCGGCCCAGAUGUUGCUGCUCUGCUCAUGGCGCACCGUUAAGGAGGUCUCAUUGCUGCUUGGGGACAUCGCCGAGAGAGCACCCGUGGCCUCAGGGUGAGUGGGCGGGCUCGUGAAGGAAGCACAGCUGCUGGCGAUUGGCGCCCACCUGACGAAGCUGCUCUCCGAGACGAAGCACCGCGGCGCUUUCGAGCAGGCGUACGUCGGCUUCAGCAGUCUGUGCCGGCGGCUGUGGAGUGGCGAGCCCCGCAGCGAGGGCGGGGACGGGCUGCACCGGUUGCCGCCACAGUGGCUGCGGCAGCUGCUCACCGACGUCCGCGAGGGGGCAGGCGACGCCACGCGCCGCAGUGCUGGGCUGCCCUUCAUGGUGCAGGCACUGGUCAGCACGGAGGCGCAGGCACGCGGCUGCGGUGCCCGCAGCUUCCAGGACUCGAUGGACAUCCUGCUGGGACUUGCACUGGAUGACGGUUCUGUCCCGGAGGCGCGGACGCACGCCCUCAACAUCCUGCGGGCGCUGUUCCGCAACUCGCAGCUCGGGGAGCUGGUCACGCCACACGUCACGUCGGGCUUCGAGGCAGCCCUCGGUGCCUUCCACAGCGGUGACUGGGCUGUGCGCAACUCGGGGACGCUGCUGUUCGCCGCCCUGAUGACGAGGGUGUUCGGGGUGCAGCGCACGAGGGGCUGCGGCCGCAGGCCGAGCGCGCGCAACCGAAUGACGGGCCGCGUGUUCUUCCAGCGCUUCCCCAGGCUGUACGACGUGCUGCUGCGUGAGGCGGACCGCCCGGGUCGUGACGGUUGCGGGGCGGAGACCCCCGCACUGCUGUUGCUGCUCGCCCGCCUCUACCCGUCCUCACUGGAGGGCACAGACUCCAACCUGCAGCUUUCGGCAUAUGUUCCAUUUGUGCUGGACUGCGCCCGCAGCUCAGUGUACAAGACACGCGUCCUGGCCGCUCAGGCCCUCGUUCCACUAAUUACACCGGAUGUGUUCGAGGACACUCUGGACCGACUGUUCGGCGAGCUGCGAGACAUGCCAGAGGAUGAACUCAACUAUCGGCACGGUGUGCUGCUGCAGCUCGCCUACCUUGUCUCGGCGACUCCUGCAGAGCUGGCAUCCGAGGACGGCUUUGCCGGCCGGCUGACAAGUCGGCUGCGCUCCACGGAACCGACGCGUGCGCCUUGUCUCUGCCCGACCGCCGACUCGGCGCGUCUCGCCCUCAUGCAGGCCGCAGUGUCCCGGGUCAGCACAAGUGUCGACGCAUGUUUCCGCUCAGAUCUGCGCCGAGAGCUGUCUGUUGCACUGGGACUCGAACGCGACCGCGAGGAGCGUGUGGAUGGCAGUGGGCGGGACGAUGAGGAUCUGCCCUCUUGGUCGCCAGGUGUGCCACAGUACGAGAAGGCAGCCACCAGUCUACUGCUGUACCUCUCCGUGCUGGACAGCAGUGACAUCCAGAUGACUCUUCUCCGGCUGCUCAACCACCCCUCGUACGACGUGAUCGAAGUCACUCUGAAUUUCCUGCUACGGAAUGUAUUCGAAGACUACCUUUACGAAGUGGAAAAUGAGGAAGAACUGGAGUUUGAAAUUGUCCCUGUGAAGCUGUCAGCCCACGAGGUCCGUGGCUGGCCAGCAGUUGCCACCCGCAUCUCGGAGCUUGCGGGUAUCCCGGCAGGCCGCGGGAGGGCGACGCGGCGGAGGGCGCGGGAGUCGCCAGAUGAGACGCGUGCUGCAGCACUGCUGGUGCUACGGCACCUCCCACCUGCCCCCACUAGUCGUCACGCCCGCGCUGCUACCAUCACAUUGCUCGAUGUCGCGCGCGUGGACCAUUUUGCCACGGGACGGGCCGCGCUUGCGGCUGCCACGGCAACUUAUGCGGGGUUGGUGGCUGCUGCAGUGCAGGUGCCAUCAAAUGUAACAAGAGGAUUAUGCUCGUUGCUGAUGAAGUACUCCAUUGGUAGUCAGCGACUAGAGAACAGGAGGACUGCUGCGUACCUGCUGUACAAAUACCGUGGUCUGCUCAUCUUCCCAGAACAGAAUCAUAGGCUUCCAUCAUCAGCAACGUGCAGUGUGUGGACGGCCACGAUGCAGCUCGUGGAUGACGACGACGCAGAUGUGCGGCGGCAGGUGUCGGCACUGGUGCCUGGGCGGCGCACGCCGGUGGUGGCGCACUGGGCACGCGAGGCGCUGAUGGCGUGGAUCGCGCAGAGUGGAAUCCUGGAACCGCACCACCUGGGUGCACUGCUCUGUGCCUGGGCUCUUGGCUCCUCCACUGAGAUCGUCCGCGACGUCCCCGAUGAGGAAGGCAUUUUCGAGCAGAGCGAAUCGAACGAGUUCCGCGAGGGUGCGGCACUGUGCGAGCAGGCGUGUUCCCACCUGCGCGUCGUAGCAGACCGCACUGGCCGUGAGCUGCUGCUGCGCAAGCAGGACCCCUGCAUGCGGGGCUGGCUUGCGAAGUGGUGGUUCCUGCCUGAAGGCAUUUUCAGCACACUUUACGAGUUUUUGGGCCUCGUGAUCAAGCCGCCACCAGCUCCAUUUGAGAAUGAGGAGGUCCAGCCUCCUACUGUGUGCGACCAUUUUGUGGCUCCUCCAGGCACUGCUAAAGUGUACCUCACCAAGUACCGUGCCCGCUGCGUGCGCGAAGUGCUUGCUGACCUCCUAGGGGAGACACCACAAGUUUAGGGCGGCGGUGGCGGCAUGGCGACCGUGAGAGAAAUAUUAGAUAAAAAUAAAGUGAACAUAUAACUGCAAAUAUCUCAUUCUGUGUGAGUAUGCAUGUGCAAAGGUAAAGCAGAAAAGCUGUUUGAAAACUGAAAUAAUUAGCUGUCUUCAUUUUUUGUACAGCAAGCUCUUUUUUUUUUUUUUCUUUGUGUGAAAUCAAAUGUUUCCAAAUGGCUUCUAACAGUAGCUGUGUACUGUUUAUUCCUUAUUUGAAAAAAAAAAAAUCGAUACGUGGUACACAAAUAAUUGUUUAACUCGAUUUUUGUGACAUGUAAUGCUGAGUGAGGACAUUAUGCAGAACACUGAUACAGUACUGUGUGCUUUACAUCCUGUUUUUCUCCCUCUUUUCAUUCUGAAGCUUUUACCCUGUUUGUCAAACUGCCGCAGAAUGCUUGCUGAACCAACUACCAGUUUGUAAGUAGCUCAGUCAAAAACGGUUUCUUUGUCUUUGAGAAAAUGUAAACUGUAGCUUUUUUCUUGUCAGAAAUGUUUUAAUACGUUACUUUUACUGUUUUCCUUGCCAUGCUGUAAUCGUCAGAAAAGCACAAGUUGUCGGUUGGAUUCAGCAGAAUGUUUGCACAGACCGACCACUCGGAGCAUUUUGUACGUGAUUACAUGUGAAGUGCCACACCUGAAGUCCUACUUCACAUCAUCAUUGAGAAAUGUAUGGUGCAACUUCUGAUCCACCAGAAUGUGUGCAGGUGUUAAGUUGUUGCAUGCUGUGUAGUUAAUCGUGUAGUUGUUCGUCUUAUAACAUUUUACAAACGUUUUACAAUGUAGUUUAAUCAUAGUUGUACAACAUUUGUUCCACCCACCACUGCCAAAUGUAAAUGAGGCCAAAACUUUUUUACUGAUGUAUUGUAUGUAUAAUUUGUAUUGUUUAUUCUGAAUGCUAUGUGUAAACUUGGUUGCUCAAUCAUUUAUUUAUUUAAAUGUGGUAAAUCUUAAGAACUACAUCUGUGAUUAAAUGUAUCAUUUGUAAUUUUAUUGUAUUUGAUUUGCCAUAUUGUGUAUAUGUAUCAAAGGAAAAUUUAAUCAAGAAAACAAAUAAAUUAUAAGACAGAGUGGCUGGCUGGCAGUUACUUCCAGCAGUACUGCUGACAGACAAGUAUAAACUGACAGCAGUGUCCUAGCUAUCAGAACUAGUAGUUCCUUCCCCUCAGGAAGCAGAGAGGGAUAAGACGAGGAAGGUUAUAAAGGAAGGGAAGCUCACACAGACCCCAGGAUGUAAUUUUCAUGUGGUUUCAUCCUUUCAUUGUUUGGCUGUCUGCUUCCAUGGUCGAAUCGACAUCUCUCUCAUCUGGGAUACCUUUUGCUUGUUUGCAGACAAAUUUUUGUUGUAUAGUCACUAUUUUUUCUUUGUUUUGCAAUCUUCUCCCAUUUUGUAGCAGUCUAUUUUGCUUUUCAGUGAUAUUAACAGUCUGUUUAAUGACUAUCUCUCAGUUCAGUUUCACUGUCCGUUCAUUUCCUGCACGUUCUUUCAUUUCCCAAUUUGCCUGGUUACAGGAACUCUAUCACAUUUUGCAAUUUGGUGAUGUAUUUUUUGUUUUUGUUGAUUUCUUUCACAUUCUGUGACAUUUUUGCUGUCGUUAGCAUAUCCCCUCUCUCCAUUUAGGGACCUUUGUCCUUUAUCAGGCAACGGUUUUCCUUUACGUGGCUGUUUUAUUCUGUGCCAACUUUUUACAGUUUAAUUAUCUCCUUUCAUUUUUAAUCAAUCCAUUUCUUUAUUCAUGUGUCUACUCCCUCUGGCACUCAUUUUUUCUGUUUAAUACUAUUGCUG